AUGAUAAAUUUGUCGCUCUGAAAAAAUUUCAAAUGCCCCCUUAGAGAAAAAAGAGCAGCAUCGCGGCGGAUUCCCGGAGUGAGCGCCGAGUGGAGUUGGAGGCCCUAGAUUCCCGGAGACCGACCGACCGUCCGGCGCCGCCCUUCCCCCGGGUGGCAGAUUUCUUCAUUAAGGCCCAGAGUAGAGAUCAACAUCGUUUUUAUCUUCUACACUCUUCAAUUUCUUCUCAGUCAUAUCCUGUUUUUAAGUGUGAUUUUCUGUUGUCCAGAGCUCAGAAAAGAUGGUUAAUGCAAUCAAGGGGUUGUUCAUCUCCUGUGAUGUACCAAUGGCGCAGUUCAUUGUUAAUCUGAAUGCCUCUAUGCCUGCAUCAGAGAAGUUCAUCGUGCACAUGCUUGAUCCUACACACAUGUUUGUGCAGCCUCAUGUGGCAGAAAUGAUCAAAAGCAAGGUAGCGGAGUUCAGGGACCAGAACAGUUAUUUGAAGCCACAAUGAAGGAUAAUUCUUUCCCACAUUUCCAGUGUCACCCUCCCUCCAAAGAUGUAUACAUUUAUCCUCGGCUCAUAUCUGUGUUUAAAAAACUGUUAUUGGAUUGGAUGGAUGCCAUGUCUCUCUCACUCAUGGUGAUCUAGAAUAAUAAUAGUUUAGUAUCAGCAAAAGGAAAUGCUGUGAUUUAUUCUGUCUCCGGAAUGAGCCUUUUACUUUGUAAUGCGUUUGGUGGCACUGAUACAUUCAGGCUGCAGUUAGUUGCCUUUGAAGAGAGUAAUAUACGCCUUACAUAUA